AUGGAGACCAGAAUACUCCGACACAACAACAACAACAGUACUGCCAUCAGAUGUACGCCAUCCUCCAUUUCGUUGCUGCUGCUAGUAAUGUCCUCCAUCUUACUACCAACCACCAAUGCCAUGACCGAAAUUGAUAUGGGAACCACCUUGGUGGCCUUGAAAUUUGACAAUGGAGUCGUCGUGGGUGCGGAUACCCGAACCUCUGCCUCCGGUUACGUCAGCAACAAAUUGGCCCAAAAGAUUCACAAAAUUACAUCACCUGCUAUGGAAGAUGAGAAGGAUAAUGACAAUGGCAGUGAUGAUGAUGAUGAUGAUUCUUUGUCCUGCGUCAUUUGUCGUUCGGGCAGUGCGGCCGAUACUCAAUGGUUGUGUCAAGAGUUGACGACUGAUUUGUGGGAACGGAAGUAUCGGUAUUGCCAGAAAACGUCCGUCCGUCAAGUGGCGCAUUUCUUGCGGCACUUGAUGCGACAACAAGGUGAAUCAUCACUACAGGCCAGUCUGAUUUGUGCGGGUUGCGAUGAACAAGAGGCCAAGAUAUUUACCAUUGCACCAUCUGGGACAUUGUUGGAAGAAGACGUCUUUGCCGUAAGUGGAUCGGGAUCCACAAUCUUGCUAGGGCAUUUGGAUUCCUUAAAAAUGUCAAUGACAAAAGGCGACGAUGGAUUGUAUUCGGAAGAAGAAGCAGUAGAAUUGGUGACCAAAUUGUUGCGACUGAGCAUAGAACGUGAUGGUAGUUCGGGAGGACUGAUACGGUUAGUGGUCAUGCAAAAGGGAAAGAAGCUAAGAGAAAUUACAGUGUAUCCGGAUGCUCCAUCCUCCACGCAGUUGGAAAUGAAUAUUCCAGGAUUUGCCAAUGCCGAGGCUAUAUAA